ACAGAAAUCCGACACAUGUGAAAUUGGUCUCAGUUUUGGAAUACACGAUUUUUCAUAACUAAAUUAUAAACGAUUUUUGUCGUAAAAAAAUGGAAAUUUUCAUGAAUUUUUCCAAAAUCUGGGCUAUUUUAGUUUUUUGCGUGGUGUCUGUCGCAAAAUGUGACGAACCGAGGGUAACACUGCCAAAUGGGAACGUCCUAAUUGGGUUGGAACAAGACUCGUUUUAUGAGGGGAAGAAAUUUCACGAAUUUCGUGGCAUCCCGUACGCCACGCCGCCUAAAGGGGGGCUUCGUUUUAAGGCGCCACAAAAGUACGACGUGAAAUGGGACACACCCAGAAAUGCGGUCGAAUAUGGAGCAGUCUGUCCGCAAGAUGACCUUUUAAACGAACCGCAAGAAGACGGACAUGUCGAAGAGAUCGUGCAACCAAUUGGGGACGAGGAUUGCUUAUUUAUCAACGUGGCGACGCCGGCUAAAAAGCCAUCGUCCAAGGGAGGAUAUCCCGUCGCCGUCUGGAUUCACGGUGGUUCUUUCCAGUACGAAUCGGGGGAUGCGUACAGCCCCAAAAAAUUCAUGGAUUAUGGUAACGUCGUCCUUGUAACGUUCAACUAUCGCUUGGGAGCACUCGGCUUCUUAAACACGGGGGAUGGAAAAAUUCAAGGAAAUAUGGGUCUCAAAGAUCAAGUUCUGGCGUUGAAAUGGGUACAAACAAAUAUCGCAGCGUUCUCCGGAGAUGUCAAUGCGGUCACACUUUUUGGAACGAACUCUGGAGCAGUGUCGGCUCAUUUGCAUAUGAUUUCGCCAAUGUCCGAAGGCCUAUUCCAUCGAGUCUUGUUACAAAGUGGGACUGCCAUUUCUCCCUGGGUUUUGCAACACAAUCCAGCCAAAACAGCAAAGACUUACGCUGCCUGGCUUAAUUGUAGUGGUGAUGUCAUCAAUAAUGAAGACAACGAAACAACUCCGCAAGAAUCCACAAUUGACUGCCUUAUGCGAACCGAUGUACAAACAUUUGUCCGAAAGCAGGCUCGAUUAACGGAGUGGUUUAUCGACCCAAUGGUUCCGAUGGGACCAUCAAUCGAAAAUGCGGAAGGUUCCUCCGAGAACGAACCCAAAUUCUUGUCUGAAGAUCCCUACGAGUUGUUACAGUCUGGAAAUUUCUGGGCUAAGGAUAAAGUUCGACUAAUUGCUGGUGUAAACUCACAUGAAGGACUGUUACACACGUGGGAUAUUGCACAUCACCGCAUGUUAUCCCGCGUCCUCACCAUGGAAUGGCAACGAGCCCUCCCAAUCACGCUAACAUUUCGCGACACGGCACUCAACUUUAAAAACGUUUCAGACUCCGUGUUCCAAUUCUACCUUGAAGAGAAGGAGGGUGACCAAGAAGAAGCGAGCACUUCAAAUUCUGCCCCCAGUAAAAAAGGACAAGACGUAAAAAAUAUGAAAAACAUGAAAAUGCUGGGUCACGAAUUUUACCGCUUUGAUUCACUAACCGCAAUGUAUUCGGAUCGUUACUUUUUCAUCCCGGUCCAUAAAACGGGACAGCUUCAUGCAAAAUACGGCAGCAAAGUGUAUUUGUAUUGGUUUGAUUAUUUGGGGGCGCAGAGUGCGACACAGUUUUCCGGAUAUAAUGACACAGUUGUGGGUGCGGCUCACUACGACCAAGUUCAGUACAUGUUUAACACGCCAUUCUUUAAAGAAGUUGAGAGCGAGGAGGACAUAAAAUUUGGGAGGAAAUUUAUGGACGGUAUCGUCCGAUUUAUAGGGACAGGUGAGCCUCCCGCAGGAGGAUGGGUUCCCGUGAAUAAGGAAAUGCUAGAAGGGUCCGUUCCCUUCAUUUAUAAUCGAAUUGGACACAAAACUAAGGCAGAGCAAAUGGUGGAGACGUUCAGAAAGAGCGUCGACUUUUGGGACACACUUCCUCUUAUAGAAUACGGCAAGAAAAUGGACCAAUUUCCGGAAUUUCUGGAAAGAGAUGAACUAAAAGAAUAUGAGGAGAAAGACGGCGGAGACGAAAUUCUACCAGGAGUGACGAAAGACGACAUUGAGAGAUUAAAGGCUAAACUUGAAUUAUAGAAAUUUUAAUAGUUACACAGAGGGCGGAUAUAGGUUUACGAAAAAUCGCUGAAAUAUGUAUUUAAUAUUUACGGAAAAAUGGCCAAAAUAUAAAUGAAAUAUUUGCAAAAAAAUACAAUUUGCUCUUCUAGAUUUUUUGUGAUCUAAUUUCUUGAAGUUGUGUGUGAUUUUGAGAAAUUGAGAAAAAAGAGACUAUGACGAAUAUUUUUAUAACGUUAGAUUGAAAACUUUGGAAUCCAAAUGUUGAGUUGGAAAAGUAAUUGUUCAAAGUUGAAAUUUUGUCAAAUCAGGGUCAACAUAAUAUAAUUUAAUAAAAAAUAAUAAUUUCUAAAUUAUGCACAUUAUUUGGAUGGGUGAGUAAAAAGUAAAACAUUACAUGUAAAGUUACUUUACAUAUUCUGCAAAAAACGGGAUUUUGAAAAAUUUCGCCAAAUUUUUAAGAAAAAUUUCUUAAAAAUUUCCAAAAAAUUUUGCCUCGUAUGGUUGAAAUAUUUACAAACAUGCAUUUUAGAAAAAAAAUAUCUAAAAGAUUUAUAAAAACAAAUAUCAAAUAUCUAUUAGCGGAAAUACAUCAUCUGAAUAGAAAUAUGCCAACAAAUAUGUAAAAAUAUUUUGCAAUUUUUGUGUUAUAAAAAUUAAGGAACACCCCCCGACAAUGUUUGACCGUCGGUCGUCUUCAAAUAAAAAAGUUGAAAAUAAAUACAUAUCCACCCUUUGUUUAUGCAUGUAAAUUUUUCUCACUUGGUUUAUUAUUUUCCCAGUCAAGAAAAUGUACAUAUAUUAAAUUUAUCGCUGAUUUUUAAAAAUUAUGCCUACAAAUUAGGAGCUGCCAUGUUCAAAAUACAUCUUUGGUAUAAAUAAAUUAUUUACUUAACUAAUUAAUUAAUUAUUUAGUCAAUAUAAUA